AUGCACGGAAGUACUGAAUAUCCUGGUCUUGAAGAUACCAACGAUUAUGAUGAUAGAGGACCAGGUUCCGGAAAGGGGAGUAGUGGCGAUUACUGCUAUAUGCCCGCGGACGAAAUAAGAUCGACAGUCACUCGAAAUGCCGAUGGCUUCAUGCCGAGUUCCAAGGAAUUUAGGGUUACGGCAGAGGUUGAAGGAAAAUCCGAGAUCUUGGGCUGUUUGAUCAAAUACCAUCGCAGCAUAUUUUAUGCAAAAUUCUCAGUCCUCAGAGUCGUUGCUAAGAAAAUGCCAUGA